AUGUUCUGUUCUUACCAGGUCAUCCACGCCGGGAUCUAUUACGGCCCGACGAGCCUCAAAACCAAACUCUGCAUCCGCGGCAAACACCUCCUCUACGAGCUCUGUUCCGCGCAGGACAUCCCGCACCGCCGCACCAAGAAAUGGAUCAUCGCGCAGAACGCGCAACAAAUGGCCGAGCUCGAACUCCUGCACACGUUCACCAAAUCCAUCGACGUGCCCACGCACUUCCUAACCCGCCGCGAGAUCGAGGAGCAAGAACCAGACGUGCGCGCGGACGCGGGGGUUCUCGAGUCCCCCACGACCGGCAUCAUCGACAGCCACGCCUACAUGGCCUAUCUGGAAGGCAGUCUAGACGAGCGCGGCGGCGAAGAGAUUCUACACACGGUAGUCACCGACAUUGAACCGCUCGCGGGCUCCCAAGAAGGAGACCGAAUACCCGGCUAUUCCAUCACCACGCAAUCCCGCGACGGCGCCGGCGGCCAAGACACCAUCACGGCGGAAACGGUGAUCAACUCGGCCGGCCUGGGCGCCGUCGACGUCUCCAACAUGCUCCUCCCACCCGAGAGACACCGCAAACCGUACUUCGCCAAGGGAAGCUACUUCAGCUACGCGGCGAGCCACCCGAAGCCGAAAACACUGCUGUAUCCCGCCCCGACGCCCGGCCUGGGCGGUCUGGGCACGCACCUGACGCUCGACAUGGCCGGCCGCGUCCGCUUCGGGCCGGACGUCGAGUGGAUCGACGACCCGACCGAUCUGGCGCCCAACCCGGCCAGAUUGGAGGCCGCCGUCCCCGUCAUCCAGACGUAUCUGCCGGGCGUGAGGCGCGACGCGCUGGAUCUGGAUUACUGCGGCAUCAGGCCCAAGUUGGGCCGCACCAGUGGCACGUACGGCAAGGACGGCAAGGGGUUUGCGGAUUUCUAUAUCAAGGAAGAAGCAGGGUUUCCCGGGUUUGUGAAUCUGUUGGGCAUCGAGAGUCCGGGGUUGACCGCGUCGUUGGCCAUUGCUGAGAUGGUCGAUGAUCUUUUGUAUGGGAGGAAUGCGAGUAUUUCCGAAUGA